AUGUCCAAGAGAGGACGUGGAGGAGCAUCUGGCGCUAAAUUCCGCAUUUCCCUUGGUCUCCCUGUCGGAGCCGUGAUCAAUUGUGCUGACAACACUGGCGCUAAGAACCUUUUUGUUAUCGCAGUAUAUGGAAUUCGUGGAAGGUUGAACAGGCUUCCCAGUGCAGGAGUUGGUGAUAUGUUCGUCGCCUCAGUGAAGAAGGGAAAGCCAGAACUCCGAAAGAAGGAUAGGCAGGAAAGUGUUCUGCUUCGCGAGUCGCAGCCGCUGAGCCGUCGCACUACUUCUACUGCCCUUGUCUGUCUUGAUCUGGAAGAAUUUGGAACUCCACUCAGUUGA